CCCAAACAACCCUUGCGCUUACAGCACAGUUAAGAAAUUGGCAGUGUAAGAAGCCAGACUGCGUUUAAAGGAACAUGAAAAGCUAAAAGAAAUUUUUACCAUCUCUGCAGUCUCAUAGGUGCCUGGAAAUGAAAGUAGAACUUCCUGUCUUUAACGGACUCUGACAGGGGUAAACUGGAUUAGGGACUGGCACGCCAGGGUGUUGUUGUUGUUGUUGUUGUUGUUUUGUUGUUGUUGUUGCUGGGAGUGGUGGUGUUUUGUUUUUUUUUUUUAACCAUCUUAAAUCCUGGAAAAAAAAUGCAUCUCGGAAUUGAAUGAAUUGAUGGGUCCACUCCAACUGCUGGGCUGCAGAGACUGAACUUGGUCUUUCCAUUUCUGCUUCUUUCAAAGAAGAGACAAGUUGGGAUCCCUUCUAAUUUAGCUUUUCUCCCUCUCCCUCACCCCCCACCCCCACUCCCAACCUUCCCCUUGGUCCCCCACUUCUCUACCACCACCUUCCUUUGCAAAAAGGGGGUGACCGGGGAAGCAGAGUGCACAGGAGACUGACUGAGGAGGUAAAGAAGAUGGGACUCCUCAGCGUAGACUUGCUGAUCACUCUUCAGAUUCUGCCAGUCUUUUUCUCCAACUGCCUCUUCCUGGCGCUCUAUGACUCGGUCAUUCUGCUCAAGCACGUGGCGCUGCUUCUCAGCCGCUCCAAGUCCACUCGCGGAGAGUGGAGGCGCAUGCUGACCUCAGAAGGACUACGCUGUGUCUGGAACAGCUUUCUCCUAGACGCCUACAAACAGGUUAAAUUGGGUGAAGAUGCUCCCAAUUCCAGUGUGGUGCACGUGUCCAAUCCUGAAGCAGGUAACAAUUGUGCCUCAGAGAAGACGGCGGAUGGGGCUGAAUGCCACCUUCUUGACUUUGCCAGUGCAGAGCGCCCACUGGUGGUCAACUUUGGUUCAGCGACCUGACCACCUUUUACUAGGCAACUGCCAGCCUUCCGCCAGUUGGUGGAAGAGUUCUCCUCGGUGGCUGACUUCCUGUUGGUAUACAUUGAUGAGGCUCACCCUUCAGAUGGCUGGGCAGUGCCUGGGGACUCCUCUAUGUCUUUUGAGGUUAAGAAGCACCGGAACCAAGAGGACCGAUGUGCUGCAGCCCACCAGCUCCUGGAGCGUUUCUCCUUGCCGCCCCAGUGUCAAGUUGUGGCUGACCGCAUGGACAAUAAUGCCAACGUAGCUUAUGGGGUAGCCUUUGAACGUGUGUGCAUCGUGCAGAGACGGAAAAUUGCUUACUUAGGAGGGAAGGGCCCCUUCAGCUAUAACCUGCAAGAAGUCCGAAGUUGGCUGGAGAAGAAUUUCAGCAAGAGAUGAAUUCUAGAUUAGCUGGAUAAAAGUGUGAUUGUAAUAGAGUUUAUUAUUUUAAAAGAAUGUGUAAAAGUUGAGAACUGAACUGAAUCUAUUAUUUCAACGGAAUCCCAUCGCCUCACUGAAAGACGGGUCAUACCUGUCAGAAGAUCUUGAACCUCUUUAACAUCUCAGUACUUCCUUUAGUACACAAACGGCAUCUGGUUAAACAGCAGCCCUGUUACCUACUUUCAGAGCUAACUGGUCCAAAAUGGAGGGCCAGAAACCCCGUUGCAGCCUUGUUCAUUCUCGCUUGUGAAAGAAGUGAUGCUGCCCUAUGUGUGCUCUGGGACUAGAGGACAAAAGUUCCCAGAAAACCUAUUGUUAAGGGAGCUACUACCUAUGAUCUGAUUAAGUGUAUUGUCUCAGUCAGCUUUAGUCACCAGAAGUAAACCCAACUGGAAAGUCCCCCCAAAUACAUACUUAUAAUGUGAUCUGGAAGCCAUGUCAUGCAGUUAGGACUGAAGUGUUAGUUCUAGCCAAGCAAUGUCCUGUGUUAGUCCUCUAGCCCCGAGUAUGCAUGUGAAUACCAAGAAUGGCCCCAACCUGGAGGGUUGAGAUGACCACAGAAAUAUGGCAGAUGGAGAAAGAAUUGAUAAGCAAAGACAGAGGAAGCAGAACGAUGAGGAAAUUGCAUAGUGCUUUAUCUGGAAGCUGUAGGUAAUGAGAGCUGUACGACUGCAUCAGCAUUGAAGCAUGCACACAGCGCGGGGGAACAAAGGUGUUAACUAAAAACAGCGUAGGGGGAUGCACAUGAUGAGAAGUAGAUGGGUAGCAAUACUCCCAGACUGAAAGGAAGUGGGCAAUGGAAAAGAUAAAAACAGGCGGACACUUUUAAUGUGGAGAGAAGUACGUUGUGGGACUAAUUGUGAUAUACCUAUUUCUGUGGGUAACACCCAUUGAGAGAAAAUCCGGGGCUUCUUGUGCUGCUGGGUUUUUCCUGCUGAAUUCCUAGUUACAAUGCUCCACACCUCUGUAGCAUUGUUUUCUCUGGGUGCUGUGUGAAGGGUGUAAGAGGCAGGUACCUUAGCUGUGCAGUCUCUGCCCUCGCCUCCUGCAGAAGAAUUCUAAUGCUAAGAGAUUUCUUUACAUAAACAUGAGAGCAAUUUACUCAGAUAAUCUCUACCCAUAGUUUUGAGGGCUUACACAAGCUUACUCUUGGUACCACAGGAAUUUGGUAAAAUGGAAUUUCCAUUGACAUUUGAAUUUGGACUUUUUUUUUUUUUUACUUCAACUGAGAUUAACCCAUUAGUUGAAGUUUGAUACAUUUCUCUUAAAAUACAAGCAGCACAGCUGUAUCCACAAGCAAUACCUAAAGAUCACAACCUCAGAAAAAGAAAAACACCCAAAAAAACCCCAAAAAACCCAAAACCAAAACACACCAACAGAUCAAUCGAUGUAUUAUAAUUAUUUUUUAAACUCAAAGACAUGAAGAUCUCAACAUAUGGCUAUGCUUACAUGCCAAAUCAAGGACUUUAUGUCUAUUCCACUCAAUGAUUGAACCACACCGUUGAACUAGUUUGGAAAAGACAAUCAAAAAUUAAAAGUAAGUUAUUAAAAUAUCUGUCCCAAAUGAGAAAAUAGGAAGUGUUGUUUUUAAAUAAGAAUCUUUUAAAUAAGAAAAUAAGAGUCUUGUUUUUAAGACUGGGAGCAAGGAAUAAGACAGAUCGCUAGCCCACGUAUUGUUUAGUUACGGACGCAGCAUUGUGGCUAAUAUUUUUGGCAGCAUCUAAGAUCUCCAGUGUGUUAAAGUCUGUAAGAGAGACACCCACAAGGAAAGCAAACUUCUAAAUUGCAACGGUGCUAAUGAGCUUUUGUAAAAUCAUAUUGAAGAUAGAUUACUCCAGGUUCCUCAAGUGUUAAGGCCUUCAGUCGAGGCCCAGGAGUGAUCCCUCAUUCAUCUUCAUCUUCAAAAUGGUGUUGAGAUUGAUGCAGCUCCCUAGAGAAGCAAAAUGAAAAAUUGGCCGCUCCACACCCACAUCGUCAUCCUCAAGUGUCCCCUUCGGUUUCCACGUGCGACAGUGAAGCGGAAUGUCAGAGAGUGGGUGGGGGGAUGAGUUUUUGGCUAACGCCAUGCUAGUUGUCUGGGGAAAGGGGAUAAUGGGAAAAAGUCGUCCAGCUGUGUUACAUUUUUAAAGAAAGAGAAGGUAAUGUGCGCGUACCAUUUGCCUUCUGGAGGAUAGGCCAGUGGACGAAGGAAGGGGAGGAAGCAAAUGUACACCGAUGUAGGCUGACCGUCAGGGACACAGACAUGUUCAGCAGAGCAUGGCGGAAACACUGGAAAAAAACCGUUGAAGGGUCCAGGAAGAAAGUGACUAGCAGAGCUCAGGAAUCUUACACUGUAUAGAAUGGGUUGGUCUCCCAGGUAAUGAUAAGCCUCUAGUUAUAUAACCUAUUUAUCUCAAUGUAAACGUCUAUGAAUUCCUAUAAUGUGCCUUUUAUAAAAUGAACAAGAAGUCAUUCAUUCAGAGACGAGGGAAAAAAAGAUCAAUGCUCAGCUAUUGUGCUCAGAGAUCCCUAUUAGGCUGUCGGUACCCACCCACCUAACAUGCCUCUCAUAAUGUAUAUUCCUUUGAAGAGUUAUAGUUGUAAAUCUCCCAAGGAAACACAAAUAUGUGUAUAUAUAUUCUCACAAGGACACACACACACACACACACACACACACACACACACACACACACACACUCCUCUUGGAGUUAUUUUUCUUGGAACAUAAAGAUUUCCCCCCAUAGGAUAUGUUUACAUGGGGAUAUCACUUUAUACUUUCAAACUGAAUUGGCCCAUCCAUCUACUAUUGAAAUAAUUUCUCAGAACUUAGCAUAGCACCUGGACUUCCUAAGCACUAAGUGUUUGAAAGACAUCUUAGACCUAUUCAGAACUCUCUUUAGUUUGUCGGGUAGAGGAAGUCAUCCGGGCAAUGACUCUUUUCGAGUGAGCAUGAAGGAAGUGCCUGUCCAGCAAAUGGAGACGUAUUUUGAACGGAUUAAGGGGACCUCUGUGGAGGCAAGUCAGUCAUUGUUCUUGCUCUGUGUUGCCAAAGUGCCAGUUGUUUAACACACGUGUUAGCUUCAUUCAUGCUUUAGAUCUCUGCUCCUGUGGCAUCCAUAGAUUGUAUCCCCGGAUUUUUGGUAAUAUCAGCUUCUAAGUGGUCUUUUAACUUAGUUCAGUUUUUCUAAUAAUCAAUAGACACCCGUUGAUCCCUUUACCUGAAUGUAUUUGACUAUUUGGGACUUGGAAUAAAAUUCAUAAAAUGGGGUGAGGUCACAGGUGGGGACUGCCUCACCCAAACUACUGGAGGGGAAGGUGGGGGAUAGUUGGGGGAUAAUAUUGAUGCUGUUCGUAGAAUUCUCAGGUGGGUACAAGCUGCCCUUGGCAUGCCCUAUAGCCUCCAACCACAGCCAGAGGGAUUUGCUGAUGUACCAGGCUUCCCACUGUGUAUGUACAUGGUAAGAGGAUCAACCUGGACAUUAGUUCCACCUGACCUCUGACUGAUGGUUUGGAAAACAAGUUUAAUUAGAAUCCCUUGGCCACUGCAGAGGGGAAAAUUAGGCUGAUUUCUGUCCCACUGGAGGAUAAAGGAAGACUUAGGCCAGCGCUUCAGCUUGUCAGGACACGCCCAAUGUCGUUUUUCUUAGUGGAAAUUGAUUGUGAGUCUUUUUAAUUCCAGGAGCGUCCUUUAUGACACAGCUUCAAAACAGAACCCAAGUAUUUUGAGUUAUACUCCAACUUCUGCCAUUGCCUUAAAUGUAGAAGCCAAACCUUCUCUUUAUGGACUUUCAGAGUGGACACAAAGGAUCACUUGCUGCUAGAUGACAGUAGUGUCUUGGGACUGUCCAGUCCCUUUAGGAAAGGAAGGAUCUGCAGCUGCAUGAACUGGGAAGCUGCUAACGGGGAGGAAUUAGCGCCCCCACCCCAAACCCCCAGCCCCAAGGCCUGGGCUUACAUAUUUGGAAAGAUUUGAAAUGAAACUUUUUAUGCUCAGAGGAAGGCUGCCGAAUGUCAGUGGAUGAGUUUAGGGUGAGCAAACAUCAGCUCUAUUCUUCAUACCCUGUGUUCUAGAUAACACCAGAAACAAGGUCUCAGACUUAACAGACUCAGCUCUGUUCCAAGGUGAGUCUGAACCAGCAAAAAGCAAACACAUACAGAUAUCCAAACAAGACUGCUCACGCAAGCCAGGGCUUGCUGCCUGUCUCGGGCAACAGCACCAGGGCUCUAGGGAGUUCGUUUAAUAUUUACUGAGACUUCAGAGACCCAGCAGAUGUUUAAUGAAGUCACUAUUUUGGCUCAAACUGCCCUCCCCCAUCUGUCUUGAGAAAAAAAAUUCCAACAGGUAAACAUACAAAUGAAAGAGACCCACAGAAGGGGAUGGGAAAUAAGUAAAAUUCUCUCAAGACUGCUUCAGACCAUGCCAUGUGGUUUCGAUGUGUCAGGAGUCGGGGAUGAGAAGACCUAUGUACCUAGUACUUUAUAACCAAAGCAAUCAAAAGGUCUUGGGGUAGGGAAUGUUGGCCAGUUUUGUUUAGUUUUUGGAUCAUGUUUCCACCAGACUCACAAGCCCGUGUAACCAGCACCCAAAAGAGGAAACCGAGAUGUUCGGAGCUCACUGGUGUGCGAAUGAUAACUACUGACGAAAGAGUCAUCUGCUCAGUCUGUGGUUGGAUGUAGUCACACGAGUCUGCCUCUCCAUCUCUGUCUCCUUAGCAAGGAGGACAUUUGGGUCCUGGUGCAAAGAGUGCUGAGUCAGUGCGACUGAGGGCACGUGUGUCCACCUGUGGUUCUCAGUUGCAGAGAAAGAAGAGCCAAGCUUUGGGGAUUAUCAGCAGGAAGAGUGUUAUAAUAUUGGUGCUGAGCGGUAUGUGCUGUUUCACAACUUGUUCUUAUAUUUUAAUAAACUUCGAAUAAAAGAAUAGAGUUA